GCGUGUCGUGACCUACAUCCGAAAUUGGAAAAUCUGAAAACUCUUUGAAGUUAUCUACGAAUGUCGAACUCCUGGAACAUAUGCUGAAUAUUUUACCAGUCGUGGCGUGUUCAGAUAUAUGAAAGUUAGACAUCAAACCAUAAGAAGCUGGUUGGAAUUAGAAUGAGCUGCCUCACAGUAGAUAGUAAAGGAUACUACAGUGUCAGCUUUCCAAAGCCCAGUCCUACAUGCACAAAACAGGAAGUACAAGGUCUGUUUGGGCUGUUUGGGAAGAUUGCUGAGUGUAAAUGUGCUAACAAAACUGUUACAAUCAGCUUUGAGACAGAACUGGCUGCCAGGAAGGCUAUUCACACACUUGGAGAUAAAUUUAAUAUAGAGGCACAGUCAUCCAGACCUGAUUUAGAGGAAGAAACAGAAAAUACUGACAGCAUGGAGACUGAAAUCUACAUAGGGAAUAUACCAGCACAAUUAUCAAAGGAGGAACUGACUAUGAUGCUACAGGAUUAUCACUUGAUACAAUUGAGGAUGUUUAACAAAAACACAAAAAGGUUUGCUUUUGCCAAGUUCAUUGGUCUCCAUGAAGCAUGCCAGGCAGUGAUAGCUUUCCAUAACAAGGUAGUUUAUGGGCGUGAGAUAGUGCUGAGACUGGUAUGCGACAAACCUGAAAGUGAGGAAGAAAGCAGUAUAGUUGAGAGUGUAGAAGAGAAUGCGGCUGAUGGAGACGUUGGGGAGAACCAAUAUAAAGAUCUACCUAUGGAGGGAAAUGGUCCAUAUCCCCAGCUGUUUAUAGGAAACAUACCACUCAAUUACAAUUUGGAGCAAAUCAAAAGAGAGCUUAACACCAGUUACCCAAACACAAUUGGCCAAAUAGUACUAAAAAAUGCUGACCAUAACAAAAAUAAGAUGGCGUUUGUAGAAGUGCGAAACAAAAAGGUGGGGGAUGGAAUCAUUGCUGAUUUGAACGCUUCCAUGAUUCAAGAGCACAGGGUCAUAGUGACCUGGUCUAAAGCCUCUGUCAGCCAAUUCAAUCACAACCCAUUGAAACUGCAGGUUCAUAUAGGAAACAUCCCUUCUAGUUUAAAAAAGGAUGACAUAAAGAAGUUGGUUGAAGAAUUUGGGCCAGUGUCAAAUAUCAGUUUAAAAAAGGAUGUGGACUUUAAUUUCUCUUUUGUGGAUGUAGACACUGAAUUGAUUGCUCGCAACAUUAUAGCAGGUCUUAACCAUAAAUCUGUGCAGGGUAGACAACUCCGUGCAGACUUCAGCGCAAAGGGACAUCAGCUUUUAAGAAAGUUAGGCACACAUGUCCAUGAUGAACAAGACAGUCUGCACUCAACAGAAUCAGGAGGUAAAGACCAGGAUGUAACAAACAGCUUAGACACUUCAUUAAGUAAGCAGUCAGUGAAGAACAUUUUACCAAAUUCUAGUCACGUGUCAAUAGAUUCAAGGCAGCCAUCUGCUCCGGAAACUAGUCGUUCUAAACUACUGCGAAGCAUUCUCACUAAUUCUAAACAUGAUACUCAAAAUGAACAGUGCCAAGCCAAAGUGGCAAAUCCUAGAGCAAUGAAAAUGGAGACACCGGUAGAACAGAAUGGACUUUUAGAUUCAGAGGCUGCCAUAGAGAAUGCUUCAGACCACGGAGGCCAUCAUCAACAUAACUGGAAAUCUCAUCAAAACAUAUCAGACAUUCAACAGGUAUUAGGUAGCACUGUGCCUAUGCAGAGUAAAUGUAAAACAGCAGUCCAGCUAUGUCAGCGAGCACAAGUUUUCAUGUCGGAGGCCCUUGAUGACUGCCCAUUCUGUCAGAAAACUAACCAACUUAUGAACGACCUGCUUCUACUGCUUCAAGACAUGAAUGAACAGGCACACAGUGAUAGAGUGGCUAAUAACACCUGACACAAUGGAGGGAAAUGGUAGUGUUGAACUUCCACAGUGAAUCCAGAUGAAGUUGUUAAGAGUAAAGGCUUGAAUUCAUUGUGUUAUCAAAUUAUGGUUUACAAGUAGAAAUCCUGUAUUAGCAACAUUACAAGGUGACCUAAAAAAUGCCACCCACUAAUUUUG